UCACGGACGACCACUGACAUCGCGUGGAGCACUUUUACCAAGACUCAGCUAUAAAAUGCACUGUCGGCCGCACUGAAUGAGCAGAAGUCAAAUAAGCAUCGAUCAGCAAACAACAAUUUGCUUUUAGUAUAAUAGGAAUAGUACAAAGAAGUAUUUCGAGAAUGAAAUUUAUUGCCGCGUUGUGUGUGGCGCUAAUCCUACUCGUGGUGUUGUGUCAUGCUGCGCCCGUGGAGCGUGAAACACUCUUGAGUAUUGAAGACUCCCAGCCUGUGGUUAUUGCUUUUGAGGAGCAACCGCAACCACUGACACGUGUAGCACGUGGUUUUGGGGGUUAUGGCGGUUAUCCCGGAUAUGGUGGCUUUGGUGGAGGUCCAGGAUAUGGUGGUUUUGGUGGACGUCCAGGAUAUGGUGGCUUUGGCGGAGGUCCAGGAUAUGGAGGUUUUGGCAGAGGUCCAGGUUUUGGUGGCUAUGGCGGUUUUCCAGGUUAUGGCGGAGGUUAUAGCAGUUCUAGUGCUACUGCCAAUGCAAACUCCGGUAGCUAUUUUGGAUAAGAAAUUUCCUUGAUAAGGGACAUUAAUUAUAGUAUUUAUUAUUUCGCAAAUUGAAUUGAUCUAAUAAAUGGUAAAUUUAAUACAAAUUA